AUGAGAUCAAGUGUCUUUAUUUUCAUUGCCGCUCUCUUGCAAGUGGUGGUCGCACACAACGUGUUGAUUCCUCCAUACUCCAAGCAAUGUUUCUACGAGACAUUGAAGAAGAACGAUGAAUUGGCGAUCAGUUUCCAAGCUGGAUCGAGAAACCCCACCAAUUCCGAACAAUACACGGUCGAUUUCUUCAUCCAAACCCCCAACGGCCAGGUUGUGUUGAGAAAAGACAACAUGGACCACGGAGACGAAAGAAUCCACGCUACCAGCGACGGCAGAUACCACUACUGUUUCUCCAACGAAAAGACCGGUAGAGUCGACUUGGAUGUGUCCUUCAAUGUCCACGGAGUGAUCUACGUGGACGUCAACGACCCCAAGACCGACACCUUGGACUACGCCAUCCAGAAGUUGAGCGAGGCCACUAACAACGUCAAGGACGAGCAAGGGUACUUGGUGAUCCGGGAACGGACCCACAGAAACACUGCCGAGUCCACCAACUCCAGAGUCAAGUGGUGGUCGGUGCUCCAGAUCCUUGUUGUUGCCUCCAACUCCAUUUUCCAAAUCUACUACUUGAAGAGAUUCUUCGAGGUCAAGUCUGUGGUAUAA